CCCCUGCUGGAUGUACCCAAUACUUUACCGGAGAGAGUGGCUCUUUCCAAUCCUACAACUACCAAGGGAAACAACUCCUGCAGAGCAUGAAUUACAACAACUGCUUCCGACAAGAAGAAGGUUUUUGUCGAUUGCAAAUCAGCGAGGCCACGGCGAUGACUCCAGAUCCAUUCCUUCUGUCGGAUGAUACUGAUGAUGAUGUUACAGAAACUGUGCAUGAGUGUGCAGAAUUAAGUUACGUGGCUUUUACGACACCAACGAAUACCAUGUUUUGCGGCGAAACCUUGAGUUCAAAGGCGGGUGACAUGGUUCCUGGAGCUCUGACGUCCGCUCCUGGUGACUCUUUUCUGGUUGGAUUGCGAACUUUGACAGCAGAUCUAGGUGAAGAUAUGUUAACGGGAUUCAACUUAAAUUAUAAGCAAGUGGCUUGUCCAUAGAGGAUGUCUAAACGGACUAAACGCAAAAUUGAUGUUCUACUAGCUAGAUUUAUGAAUUGUUACGAAAAUUUAUAUUUUAUCGAAAUAUACAUGG